UGACAUGCAUAUCCUUCCAGUGCAGCCUUGUGUUUUCAUCCUCCUUGAAGCGAAAACGAUCGAGCUUGUAUCGCAGGCAUUUCGGUACACUACGUUCUCCGGCUGUGUAGAGCUUCUGCGGAGAUGGGUGCCGAGUUGGGAGAAGCGGGUGUCCCUGCCCGGGACAUGGUGGACGCGCUGGAAGGCGUGCGCUCCAUCCUGCUGAAACCGUCGGAGCGCCUCGACGACAAGCGCUUCACGAGGAUCGCCGGCGCCGACUUCGACGACGCCGGCCUCGGCCUCGCCGGGUUGCUCGGCUCGCUCGCGUCCACGGGGUUCCAGGCCUCCAACCUCGGCGACGCCAUCGACGUCGUCAACCAGAUGUUGGACUGGAGGUUGUCCCACGAGAAGCCAAGCGACGACUGCGCUGAAGCUGAACUCGAUCCUGCGUACAGAGAAUCCGUCAAGUGCAAGAUAUUCCUGGGGUUCACUUCGAACCUUGUGUCUUCCGGUGUUCGGGAGAUCAUCCGGUUUCUUGUUCAGCAUCGCAUGGUGGACGUUAUUGUUACGACUGCUGGGGGUAUAGAGGAGGACCUCAUCAAAUGCCUUGCGCCAACCUACAGAGGCGACUUCACUCUGCCCGGAGCGCUGCUGCGGUCCAGAGGACUUAACCGGAUAGGAAACCUGCUGGUGCCCAAUGACAACUACUGCAAGUUCGAGCACUGGAUCAUGCCGAUCCUCGACAAGAUGCUGCUGGAACAGUCCACCCAAAAUGUUUGGACGCCGUCCAAGGUGAUUGCUCGCCUUGGCAAGGAAAUAAAUGACGAAAGCUCCUACCUUUAUUGGGCGUACAAGAAAACACAUGGGAACAUCUCAAAGACUGACUCGUCAAAAAAACUUGAGCAGAACAACAUCCCUGUGUUCUGCCCAGCAUUGACUGACGGAUCAAUUGGGGACAUGCUGUUCUGUCACUCGGUUCACAGUCCAGGUCUUGUUGUCGACAUUGUACAAGAUGUACGGCUGAUGAACGCGGAAACCAUCCACGCAAGCCCAAGGAAGACAGGGAUUAUACUCCUUGGCGGAGGCCUUCCGAAGCAUCAUAUAUGCAACGCCAAUAUGCUGCGCGACGGAGCUGACUAUGCGGUGUAUGUCAACACAGCUCAGGAGUUCGAUGGCAGUGAUUCCGGGGCGCGGCCUGACGAAGCGGUUUCAUGGGGAAAGAUCAAGAGCUCAGCGAGAACUGUGAAGGUGCAUUGUGAUGCGACGAUUGCCUUUCCACUUCUUGUGGCUGCAACAUUUGCACGCAAGGUUCACGGCACUAAAUCAACAAACUGAAUCGGAGGCAGUGAAAUUAAAAUAUGGCGCUCUAUAACUAGCUGAAACUUUCCUCAUAUGAUGGUUGAGCUUGAAGCAUGAACUUUUAUUUGCUUGAAGGGUGUCUAUCUCUUAGCUCGUUUACUAUUUAUACAUUACUGUAACAUAUGUAUGAUAUAUAUUCAUUUGAAACCAUUUGGGUUAUUAUCAUACAAUAAAACUUGUGUGUACGAGAACAUUUGUGACCCUCU